CGCAAACCUCGAAUUCAUUUUGCAAUGGGCCAAGCCACGUCCAAGCCCGUGGGCGAGCGCCGCGCAUUCAUCGAGUCACUGGCGCUGCUUGUUAGCUACACUGUGUACACGGCCUUUUCGUACUACGUCACGUUCACGUGGUUGGUCCCGCUCGUGGACGGCAUGUUUGGCGAUGUGUUUAUCCUCGGUGCGCUCUGCCGCGGCUACUCGACGGUCGUCUACUUCGCCUAUCUCGGUGUCCUCCUCCCGUACGUCGCUACCGUCGUCUUCAACAAGGACGAAUGUUUCUACCGCAUUCCGACGAGCAUGGUCUCGGGGCAUGGCUCCAACGAUACGACCACGUGGCUCAUUACUCUUCCAUGGCUCGUGGUGUGGGUCGCGUUUUUCAUCCUUGGAUGCGUCGUCGCUCCGGAGAAAGGCCGUGCGAUACAAGUGACAGCGGCAGUACCCAAGCCGCCAACACCCGUGAAACCGGUGGCGCUGCCGCCGCCGCGCCCGAUACCACCCCCAGCACAAAUGCAAGAAAAGAAGAUGUCGCUUGGCGAGAGAAUCCUCAGCGCGCUUCUCUCACCACUUUUAAACGCUUUUGUGAGCGGCGUUUUGAAGGACAUGGAGAAGCGGAGCCUCAAAGCCAAUGCAGACCGAGCCGCGUCGUCACGUGGGGCCACGUCGGCGACGGUUGAGCCACCGGUGCCGACACCAAAGGCGAAGGAGCCCAAGAAACCGCUACGGAAGCGGGUGCUCUCGUGGUUCAAGUCGUCGUCCAAACGAUCGCAACCCAGCGGCGAAAAGGCGACGACCAAGUGACUGCGAUCGUUCCCACUCGGUUGCCCGUAGAUAGAUUGACAGACAGAAAACACUGGGUUAUUGAUUCCGAUCAAUACACUUGCAUUGUACACC